AUGGGGUUCAAAAAUACGGAGUUACUUGAGGUGGAGGAGAUUUGCACCUACUGGUUCCUCUCAGGAGUCAAGUCCGUUUACCUCCGGGAAAUUCAGCAUAACUGGGAGGAUGACAAGGCAGCUGAGAUCCUGCAGAACAUCAUCUCGGUUAUGUCGGAACAGUCGCAGAUUUUGAUCGACGAUCCGGUCCUUGAUGACAUGUAG